CGGACAUGCGCAGUACGCUCUUCCCCCACUCCCCCCCAAUCUCCCAUCGCCCGCCUGUCAUGGCCCGAAACGCUGAGGUACAGCUGCCGCCGCUCAGGACGCUCGAUGACUUCGUCUGCAGCUCAGCCCGCUUCAGCCUCCCGGACUUCAAGGAUCCGUUGAGGUGGAACAACCGGGUGAUCAACAACCUGCUGUAUUACCAGACCAAUUACCUGGCAACGCUCGCCGCCGUUCUCCUGCUGGUCGGGUACAUUGAGCCUCUGAAGACCCUUCUGGGAGGGGCGGUGGUUACUCUCCUCUUCUUGGGUUUUGUGUGGUCAGCAGAGAACAAGGCAGUGAUCCGGAGACUGCGCAGGAACCACCCAACCCCCUGCCUCAUGGCCGUGCUGGUGGCCAGCUACUGCCUCCUCUCUCUGGUUGGGGGUGUCGCUGUCUUCCUCUUUGGAAUCACCUUCCCCAUGCUUUUGAUUAUAAUCCAUGCUUCACUGCGCCUACGGAACCUCAAGAACAAGAUCGAGAACAAGAUUGAGAGCAUCGGACUGAAGAGAACACCGAUGGGCAUCCUGUUGGAAGCUCUGGGACAGGAGCAAGAGGCUGGAUCCUAAACACGAGGAGAACACGAGGAGAAGUUACAGAGAGGGAAAGAGGAAGACAGCUGCGUAUCCUUGUACUGCUCCAUCAUGGACAUACUGCCAGUGAUCCAGUGUAAUGCACAUCCCCUGAACCCCACACUCACUCUCACCCUUCAUAUACGCACACACUUGGGUCCAAGGAGGAGGAAAGGGUAGGUGUGGAUUGACUGGAUCACAUCUACAUUCUCCAGCAUCUCUUUUUGUGUCUGUCUGUCUGUUUCCUGGAUCCUGCAAUUGUAAUUCCGGGAUUUGCAUGCAUUGCUGAUGUAUCUUCUCAUGGCUGCCCUUAGUCUUCAUGUUGUAUCUAACCCCAUGCUGUACCUGUCGUGGGAGUGCUUGAUGGGGAUGGUGUGGAAGAAGCUUUACUCUGUAUCCAACCCCGUGCUGUACCUGUCCUGGGAGUGUUUGAUGGGGACUGUGUAGAGAGAGCUUUACUCUGUAUCUAACCCCGUGCUGUACCUGUCCUGGGAGUGUUUGAUGGGGACAGUGUAGAGGGAGCUUUACUUUAUAUCUAACCCCGUGCUUUAGAAAGGGCAGUAAACUGAGAAAUUGUGCAGAAAUGAUUUAUUACAAGCCUCGAGUGUUUCUUUUAUCUGUUGAAUGAUUGAGACUCUGGUGUUGAUGAAUUAAUACUUAGGUUGUUUUAUUUCUGUUAAAUCAGGAAGUGUUUAAAAUUUUCAGUCAUCGAUAACGUGUCUGUCAGCCUUAUCCCAGGCAGUGCUUGUCCCUUGCUAUGUAUAAGUAUAUGUGUAAUAUAUUAUAUAUAUAAACCUAUAAAAAGGCAUUAUAUUAAACUGUCAUUCCCUCUAAAGUAAGGAAAAUAAUGUGUACAGUUCAGUAAAGAAUUUUUUUUAUUCUGA